AUGACAUCGGCAAUCAAGGACGAUGAUGCUGUAAAGACACCUAAAUAUUUUCCUCCACUCUUGUCCAAGAAAUUCAACAUCACUGAUGUUAAGCAAGAUGCGCUCAAGUGGGAUAAGGAGUGGGAAGCGGCGAUUGCAUCUUCAACCGCAGCAGACAUCCUCAAGGAGAUGUCUCGUUUCCUAGGUGACUCUUGCUUCACUCCUGACACCAUAAAGGUCCAAAAUACCGUAGCCAAGAUCCUGCAUAGACUGUUCGACGAAGGUCACUUUGACACCAUCUGGUUGUUGUUGAAUGUUGCGGAGAAGAAGAGACAUAUCCAUGAAGGCCUGAAGGGGGCUUGUGAAGCACGUACGUUGUGGGGGCAAGAUUGUCGUGCUCUUUGCCCGGAGGUCACAGGUGGGAAGGGCUUCGUCGACUUUCUCGCUCGUGUCUUAGAGUUAUCCGAGUCAUCCCUUCAACCAGCAUUUCUACCAAACUCAUGGUGGGAACAGGCGUCGAACCUGCCAAAUCCAUGGUGGACAAGACACUUUGUUCUGUCCUCAGUGUUUUCAGUCGUAAGUGACAUCACCAAUCGUAGCAAGGGGAUGAAGGGGGUCCUGUACCUCAUGGAGAAUACAAAGGGAUAUGUCGCUCGAGCUUUAGCACAGGCCAAAACGACUACCAGGGAUAAACCUCUUGUCCGCUGUGAAAACUGCACGAAGACUCCAGAAGAAAUAGGACAAGGUGUUCGUUUCAUGGUGUGCAGUGUUUGCAAAGCGAAACUCAACUUCGAGAUACAUUAUUGUUCUCAAUCCUGCCAGAAACAAGACUGGUCUCUUCACAAACGGGCUUGUGGCAAGAAGCCAGUGUCGAAGGGUCUAAGCGGAACCAAGGGAGACUCCCUUUGGGCAUUCGGCGACUCCAAUCCCACCGCCGAAAUGCUUCGCAACUUUGACAAGGAAGGUCGGCAGCUCACGAGCCUCAGAGACAUUGGCGUAAAUCCCUGUAAGGGUAAACGCACCCCUGCUGCGGAGCGUCAAGCCGAGAUGCUUGAAGCCGACCGAAAUGUCGAUUACUUCCUCUUCACUGCGAGCGGUGAAGCAGUUCGCUUUGUAAUUGAUGAUCCAGGAGCUAAAAUGAUUUUCCGCAUCAACCGCGGUUGGGUUAUGACGCAGGUUACUAGUGACACCGGUGUUGAUGCUAUGGGAGAGUACAUACUCAAAGUCAUGAGCGGAUAUCCCGGAUUGAGUCGGAGCAUCAUCCUGAAGCAACUCUGUGAGGAACACGGGGAGGGCACUACCGAAAAGAUCGCGUGGCUGGAGAAGAAGAGUCGAGAACAUGGAAAGAGUACGUUUAUAGAGGGUUGGGUGAAAGAUUCUUCGCCCCUGUUUGGGGAUUGGUCUUGGCUCGGACUGCUUUGAACGUUUUGAAGUGUCGCUAUGCAUGUCAGAGAUUCGGGUUUCGCUCGCGACCAUUAACCAUGUUCUUUUUAAAAAUUUCAAUUCCGCUUCGUUUUCAUUUGGGUUGUCUUUGUCGAUAGUCUUCGAAUAAGUGUACAGUAUCCGUUGAUGUAGUACUCAUUUCACAACUGACUGCAUAUUGAAUUUUGCAA